AUGGUGAGGAAGAAGAAUCCCCCUAUCCGGAGUGUGGGAGGUGAGGAGGAGGAGGAAGAGGAGGGGAGGAGGCCAGCAGGAGAGGAGGAGGAGGAGGGAGAGGAGGAGGGGAGAUUAGGAGCAGAGGCCGAACGAAUAAACCGACCCUCUGAGCCAGAAUCCUCCGACCGGAUCAGAGGAGAUGAGGAGCAGGAAGAGGACGAGGCAGAAAGCGAGUGUGUAUCCUCAUCUGUCUCUCCCUCAUCCGUUGGCGACCGCUACAGCAACGAGGAGAGAGGGGGGAGGAGAGGAGGAGGAGGGAGGGCCAAAAAAGGAGGAACGGCUUUGACUGACAGACCUGAGAGCCAGUCGGAGCCUGAGGAUGGAGAGAAGGGGGUAGAGGAAGGAGAGAGGAGCGAAAGAGACCGAGGGGAGGCAGAUCAUCUCACCGCUCCUGCUCCCCACCUCCUCCCCAGACAGGCAGGAGGGGAGGAGUCGCCAACUGACACCCCUCCGCUCUCCUCCAGCCCCUCUCCUAAACUGCAGGACUUCAAGUGCAACGUGUGCGGUUACGGUUACUAUGGCAAUGACCCCGCUGACCUGGUGAAGCACUAUAGGAAGUAUCACCUGGGCCUGCACAACCGCACACGGCAGGAUGCUGCCCUCGACACACACAUCCUGGCCCUCCACAACAUGGCUCCCCAACACACACCUCUAGAUCAUGAAAUAAGCAUCACUGAUCAAGCCUUGGACCACACACUGACGUUUUACCAGGAUAUACAGGCAGGACAAGGACAGAGGAACCAAGCCAAAGAGUUGGGGAAGACGAGACCAGAUGUACACAGUCAACAGCACAGGACAGUUAUGAUGAAUGGCACAUAUGAUGUACAGUGGUUGCCUGGUGCUCUGUCUGUGCAUGUCUGUCUUGACCCUGCUGCUACAGAGCCUCUGGGUGCCGCUUGA